GAACUCUCAGUGUUGGUGUACAUCCCGGGUACUGCCGUGGUGGCCGAGUGGGAGAUGAGGAUCAAGACCACCCUCGCCAACGUUGACUACGUGUGGAUCUACCCGAAGCCCAUCUACGUCCUUUUUAACCCUUGGUCAGCAGAUGACCGGGUUCACUUCCGAAAGACAAGACCCUGUUAAAAGAAUACAUCGUAAACGAGGAGGGCAAUGUGUUUGUCGGCAACCACCACAAUAUUUCUUCGUUUUCGUGGUUCUAUGGUCAGUUUCAAAAGAAAUUCUGCAGAUCUGUUUUUUACUCCUGAGAAAAGCUUUUGACUUCAAGAUGACACCUGACAUGGCAGACGCCGUCCGCGUGAGUCGGGCGCUGUCAAAAAUUAUUAACAGCAACGACGACAAUGGAGUUCUUGUUGGCAACUGGUCUGGAGACUACAGUGGAGGGGUCUCCCCAACAACAUGGAGUGACAGUGUGGCCAUCCUGAAACAGUACUACACCACCCAGAAACCGGUCGGCUUUGGUCAAUGCUGGGUUUUUGCACAGGUGUUGACCACAGUUUGCCGUAGUCUGGGGAUCCCCUGCAGGUCACUGACCAACUUCAACUCAGCACAUGAUGCAAACGCCACCUGCACCAUCGACCAUUACUUCGACGAAAAAGGCAACAGCCUGGCCGAUCGUAACAAUGAUUCCAUAUGGAAUUUUCACUGCUGGAAUGAAGUGUGGAUACUGAGACCUGAUCUACCCCCUGGCUUCGAUGGGUGGCAUGCACUGGAUUCCACACCUCAAGAACGAAGUUCCGGUAAGUUCCAGUGUGGUCCCUGUCCAGUCGCGGCUGUCUGCAAAGGUGACAUCGACAUCGGCUACGACACCGCCUUCGUCUUCGCCGAGGUCAACGCUGAUGAAGUUCAGUGGGUUGUCAAGGACGACGGAGAAACACUCACACCGUCCUCCAUCGAUACCACCAGCGUUGGAGCGAAGAUAAGCACGAAGAAGCCAACAGGGACUGCGUUGAAGAACAUGAAAGGCAGUGACAGUGACGGAAGUUUCGUUAGGCAGGAUCUCACGGAAAAUUACAAACCGAAAGAAGGGUCCGAAGCUGAGAGACGAAGUGUGGAGAGGGCGUUGCGUUACACAGGUUUUGGAGAAAAACUUUUCCAGGGAAAGGCUGAACUGAAAGUGGAACUCAGGGAGGAAGCAGAAGACAAGAAGACUUUUGUCGGCCAAGACAUCAUUGCCACUUUCAUCGUAACAAACGUUAGUCAAGAAGACCGACGAGUAGCAGUGACGCUGACCGCUCGCCACACGCAGUACUGGGACCGCGGCCUUGCAGACGACAACGUGGCGAAAACGAAGUUCGACAAUUUUAUUCUUCCCUCAGGACUGGGUCGGCAUUCAAUCUCGAAAUCCCGUACACAGAGUACAUGAAAGAAAUAACCAGUGGCUGACACUCUUCGUCUACGGCUGUGCAGUUGACCUCAAUGAUGACAUGCCUUACAGUACCCAGAGACCAUACACUGUCAGUCUACCCGACCUUACAGUGCAGGGUCCAACAACGAUCAAGUCUGGUCAGGCAGCUGACGUCACGGUGUCCUUCACCAAUCCUUUACCUGACCGCCCUCUGACCAAAUGUAGGUUUAUCAUGACAGGCAAUCUAGACCUGGCAGACAAGGGAGACAAGCGUUUCACUUCCUAUUACAACAUGCUGCGAGCGAAAGUUAGUGAUGUGAAACCCGGCGAGAAAUUCUCCAUCAGCGUCAAGCUGACAGGGACAACGACUGUGGCUCACAAGACCAAGUCGAUGAAGUUUGACUUCAAAUGCAAUGAGCUGAGGGAUCUCAAUGGAGACUACGUCCCUGAGUUGCUUUCUGAGAUGAAGAUGACAGAUGAAAUUUAACCCCCGUCCAUUUACAGCGAAUCGGCUUCCUGCAGAUAGAAAUAUGUGGACAAACCUUUUUCUUUAAGUAAACAUUAAAAGCCUUUCACAGUUACCACCUUAACCUUUUCUCUUUUACUUCUCAGAUUCCAAAAUCAUCGUUGACCGUUAUAAGAUGACUGCUUAUUUGACUGAGUUUAUUUUGAAAAUGUUAUGGAUGUACUUUUUAAUCAGCGCAACUUACAUAUUUAGCAGUUCUCGUUUGAUACAGGAAUUUGUACUACAAUGGAUCGUUUUAUCUUUAUUUCUAAUUCCAAAUUAAUAUCUGAGGCUAACAUCACAGCUGAUAACACAGAAAUAAUAAUAAUUACUACUGCUGCUGCUGUUGUUGUUGUUGUUGUUGUUGUUGUUGUUGUUGUUGUUGUGUUGUUGUUGUUGUUGCAUUUGUGUUGGGACCAAGGAAUAUAUAUAUAUAUAUAUUAUGGCUUAAAAUACCGUUUUUUGCAAAAGCACCUCUGGGCGUAUUCCUUUGCAUAAUUUUUGUGAAAUUUAUGCACAGUUUCUCUGGAUGCCUGUCACUAUUUAUUACAUCUAUUAUAGCGAAAAUUACAGCUUUUAAUUUAUCACACAGUAUCACAAUUACCACAUCAACGGCCACAUGGCACUUCUUUUAUUUUCAUUUUUAGGCGUAAAUGUCAUAACUAUUUGAUAUAAUGCCGUGACUUGACUUCGCUGUAAGGUAGAUAACUACUACCUUAUUAAAAGGCUUAAAACAGAGUUGUGUCCCUUACACUAUUUACCGCUCAGGGGCUACUGAUAACAGCAAUUAAAACUACUUUUCUCUUCA